AUGCAAUGCCCAUCGCAAAUCGUGCCCAUUAGGCCUCGAUGCCCUGAUGUACUUUGGAAUGAUCUAGCGCAGAAGAUCCGGGAUGACCUGAACAGCCUGUACUGGCAGCCUGGCAGGACCAUAGACUUCGCAAGGGAUCUCCACCGAUUUCUGACCGACUAUACGACCGAAGCCAGGUGUCUAGCACAUGUUCUUGAUCUCCUACGUGGUUAUCAAAAAUUUCGGCUCAGAUGGAACGCUCUAGGUGGCUCUAGUCUCAAUAUGAUAUGGCUUAGCCAAUUGCAUAGAAUCGUACCUGAUCCAGUAUCUCCCACGGACGUCGACGUUGGGGACAUCCGUGAGGCGUUGUUCUGGAUUCUAUGGGAUCAAGCCGCCCGCGCAUCGCCCAUGAGCGAUUUCGUCAAGAUCGAUCCGAUCAUCCGUGGCUUGAUCGAGUUAGGAUUCAACUGGAAUCCCUGGGAUCAUAUCCCUUGGGUUAUUAGGGACCGCAUUAGUAGCUACCAGAGCAGCCAGAUACCAAGUGGGACCUAUGAUAGCGAGGCUUGCCAAAGAGCUCAGCAACCCAUGCUCGCUUCGUCCGUCUACUUCCCUUCGACCAUAUAUUCUAUUGGCUCAGGUGAAGUUUCAGGUACUCAGGGGACAAGCAUAUCUAGGCAGAGCCAAUACGUGGAUUGGAACUCAUCAUUUCGCCACGUUGGUGACUUGGAAUUCGAAGAUAUUGGAUCUGGCGCCCGUUACACUGGACCGCCAACAAUUCUGGAACCACCAGUGUUAUUGUACAUCGAGAUUGAAGAUGACAGAAAUCUACCGGUCGUCAAAGAACAACUACCGCAAACGAUUCGCAUCAUGCCGAAUAUCCGCCGCAACUCUCAGCAACAGCUUGUUCGGGAUGAAUUUGAGGACUUUUGGCAUCAGGUCAUGCAGCAAUUGAAUAAGGCUCGGGACUCGACCCUGUUCUGCAAGUGGCUUCGGACCCUCAUGAGACUGACUUGGAUGAUGCAAGAUGUAAGAUUAGUCAAAACGUUGCUCACCGUACAAGAAGGUGGGGUCGCCAUCGACGAUAAGGCCGCAGCCGAACUAGCGUUCAGCGGGAAGAUGGCAGAAUUCCUGAAUUCGGUGACACGUGAUUUGCGAAACCCCAUACUUAUUCGACAUCUGAAAGUUCUGUGUGGAGGUUUACUGGUCAGGGAGGCGGCUCAUCAUGGUAAGACCGCUAUGAUCCUUCUCGAGGAAGCUUCUCGAUCGGAGAACACUUUGAGAUCUGAUAUUCCCGACCCCGUCCUCGCUACGCUUGACUUACGCGAGACCAGCAACUUCAAUCCAGACCUCCGUGAACCUUUUCUCUGCUGUUGGAUUGGAUACCGUGUCCAGGACAACGACAACCCAACUGCAAAGAUCUGUACCGACCGCUGA